AUGUCGAAACCGCCGCGGUCAAUCCCACGGUCCUGGACAUCAACAUUGAAGCUUCCUAAAUCCACAUUCCCCCCGCGCGUAACGCCAGCCGACCAGAAAAAAUACCUGAAACGAUGUACCGAUGACCUCUACGCCUGGCAAGGUCGCGAACGCCCUGCGAAUAAAUCCUUCGUCCUACACGAUGGCCCACCGUACGCCAACGGAGAAUUGCACGUCGGCCAUGCUCUGAACAAAAUAUUGAAGGAUCUAAUCUGUCGCUUUCAAUUGGGACAAGGCAAGCGCAUCCGAUAUGUGCCUGGAUGGGACUGUCAUGGUCUACCCAUUGAGCUGAAAGCGCUCCAGGGACUUCGAGAUAUGGACGUACAGAAUGGCUCAGUCAGUCCUGUGGUCAUCCGGAAAUCCGCGCGGCAACUUGCGAGGCAGACAGUCAAGGAGCAGAUGAAAGGAUUCCGCGGGUUUGGAGUGAUGGCAGAUUGGGACAAUCACUGGAAAACAAUGGACAAGACAUUUGAAAUGCGCCAACUUGGUAUUUUCCGAGAGAUGGUGGAUCGCGGGUUGAUCUACCGGAAAUUCAAGCCUGUCUACUGGUCCCCGUCAACAGGGACGGCACUUGCAGAGGCUGAGCUGGAAUAUAAAGAUGAUCAUGUUUCAACUGCUGCACUUGUCAAGUUUCCUUUAGUAAACAUCCCGGAACAUUUGACCAAGGACCCGUUACUCCAGUCGCGGGAUGUCAAUGCGGUUAUUUGGACAACAACGCCCUGGACAUUGCCUGCGAAUGCUGCCAUUGCAGUCAGUGAGGAAUUGGAGUACACUAUCGUUCAGUCUGAAACUCAUGGGUAUCUUCUUGUUGCUCAAUCACGAGUUGAAUAUCUUCAGCAUAUGUUGAAUGAGGAGCUUGAUAUCAUUGUUCCGUCGAUUCUUGGAUCUGAACUGGCUGACAAGACUACCUAUCACCCAUUGUUCAAAGAUGCGACCGCUAAACCUCAGCCUAUAAUCAGUGCACCAUUCGUUACUGCGGACUCCGGAUCUGGCUUGGUUCACUGUGCACCCGGCCAUGGUAUGGAUGAUUACGAAGCCUGUCUUGCUCGUGGCAUUGAAGUAUUUGCGCCUGUGAAUGACGAUGGGAAGUUUACUGAAAAGGCGAUGCCCCAUGACCCUACUCGUUUGUCCGGAAAGGCAGUGCUUGGAGAAGGAAACACGGCAGUACUAGAAUAUGUUCAUUCUCGAGGUCAACUACUUGCUCAACAUCGCUACGAUCACAAGUAUCCCUACGACUGGCGCUCUAAGCAACCUAUCAUCAUCCGAGCUACCGAACAGUGGUUUGCUGAUGUCGCCGAUAUCCGUACCAGCGCUCUCCGAGCGCUCGAAGAUGUCAAGUUUGUCCCAGAGGCUGGCAAGAACCGAUUGGAGAAUUUCGUCAAGGGCCGCAGCGAAUGGUGUAUCUCACGGCAACGAGCGUGGGGUGUUCCCAUUCCUGCCCUUUACCACAGAACCACUGGCGAUGCUGUUCUCACCAAAGACAGCGUUUUGCACAUCAUGAACACCAUAGAGGAGCGCGGCAUUGACGCAUGGUGGACUGACAGCGCUGAUGACCCAGCUUGGCUUCCAUCCUCCUUACGUGAUGACCCCAUAGGCUUCCGACGCGGUACCGAUACGAUGGAUGUUUGGUUUGACAGUGGCACCAGUUGGUCAGAAAUUGACGUUCCCACUGAAGGCCGUAGUCACCCUGCCGAUGUCUAUCUUGAAGGAACCGAUCAGCACCGUGGCUGGUUUCAGUCCGGUCUCUUGACUUAUAUUGCCCACCAGCUGGCCUCUGGAAAGACCGAUAUUCCCCGUGCCCCCUUCCGUAAUCUCAUCACUCAUGGUUUCACUCUGGAUGAGGACGGUCGCAAGAUGAGCAAGUCUAUCGGCAACACUAUCCCCCCUCAGACCAUCAUGGACGGUACUCUUCUCCCUCCUCUCAAACCGCGAAAAGGCAAGGGCAAGAAACAGGCAGAAACCCAAGAACCAUCUUAUGAUGCCUUGGGGCCUGAUGCUCUACGUCUUUGGGCCGCAAGUAGUGACUAUACCCGUGAUGUAGUGAUUGGUAAACAGGUUCUCCAAACUGUCCAUACCAGUCUUCACAAGUUCCGAGUCACGUUCAAGCUAUUGCUAGGGGCAUUGGCAGACUUCCAACCAAGUUGCCUAGUCCCUUACGGGCAGUUGCAGCAGGUUGACCGAAUUGCAUUGAAGCAGCUGUCGGACAUGGUCCUUACCUCUCAAAAGUCCUUUGACAAUUUUGAAUUCUACAAAGCUGUAACCCAGCUGAAUCGCUGGGCCAACCACGACUUCUCUUCCUUCUACAUGGAAGCCAUUAAGGAUCGGCUCUACACGCUGGGUGAGAACAGCAGCAGUCGCCGAGCAGCCCAGACCACUCUCUUCCACAUCUUUAGCCACUUGCAAGAAGUAUUGGGUCCCAUCACUCCACUACUUGUGGAGGAGACCUGGGAACAUACACCCGAGGCUAUUCGAUCGCAGAGUGAUCACCCCUUGCAGCGGGUUGCCUCGAUCCCGGCUUCGGAAUGGAACGACCCAGCCUUGGACAUCAGCUACCUCGAAUUGAAUGCCGUGCACUCUGUGAUCAAGAACCUGCAGGAGCAGGCGCGUGGGGAAAAGCAACUUGGCUCGUCCCUGCAAUCAUACGUCCACCUGGUUCUCCCAGGUAAUACAAGCCAAACAGUUCUCCACCAGUACCUUUCCGAGCUGCCCGAUCUGUUCGUUGUUUCAUCUGUAACCCUUAGCCAACCCGGCGAGUCCGUCCCCACCGAGAUCUCGGAAGCUGAGUGGCAGUAUGAGGGCACAUGUGAGCUUCCCAACAAUCAACAGGGUGCGGUCUAUGUCUACGCUCCUCGAGCCACCAAAUGCAAUAGGUGCUGGCGAUAUGCCGUGGCGGAACCUGUGGAGCCAGAGGCAGCGAUCUGCACUCGAUGCGAAGAUGUAAUGGAGACAUUACAGUAG